AUGCCCCAACAUCGGCGCUCAGUGCUGUUCUGGUUGGUGGCUGCAGCCCUUUUGCCCGGCGCAGUGGGACAAGGUGGCGGAGGAGCAGGUGGAGCAUCAUCAGGAGGCGGAGCGCCACCAGAAGGAGGAGGAACGCCACCAGAAGGAGGUGGAGCGCCACCAGAAGGAGGAGGAACGCCACCAGAAGGAGGGGGAACACCGCCAGAAGGAGGCGUAACACCACCAGAAGGAGGCGGAACACCGCCAGAAGGAGGCGUAACACCACCAGAAGGAGGCGGAACACCGCCAGAAGGAGGCGUAACACCACCAGAAGGAGGUGGAACACCACCAGAAGGGGGUGGAACACCACCAGAAGGAGGCGGAGCAGGAGGAGGAGGAUCAGGUGGAGGCGCGGCGUUGACGGAGCCGCACAUCACCAUCAAUUCCGAUGUAGAGUGCAGGAUUAAUGCGGCCGGCCCGCAGACCAUUACUGGUUACAUUUACUGCGACAACUACUUUGAGUUUUGGUUCAAUGGAGUUCUCGUGAAGAAGGACCCGAUGACAUUCACACCCCACAACGCGGUUGCCGUCUCGUUCGAAUGGGACGGCGUUUCUGACAAGGAGUACGCGAUUAUGUGCAUGGACUACGCUAGCAGCUCCGGGUACGAGUACGUCGAGACUUCGAACCCGGGACUUGGGGAUGGGUCGCUCAUGGCGGAGUUUUCGGAUGGCACUGUGACUGGCGCUGCCUGGAAUGUCUUCGUGCUGACCAUGGGGCCUACCGACGCGUCCAUUGCGGCAGGGUGCAGCAGCAGCAAUCUGGCGCCAUGCGCGGUUGUUUCCACGGCAGAGCCUGCAGGAUGGAUGGCGGGUGGCUACCAGGCCAGCGGCGGAUGGGUGUCAGCGACUGAAUACACCGCCGCGCAGGCGGGUUGGGGGAGGACACCGACUUGGGACGCCACCAGGAAUUGCUGCGGUACGGCCACAAGCCCGGCAACGCAGGAAACGCUGACCAACAAUGGCGGCUGCUCGGUGAAUUACGACAGCGCCAACCCAGCCGGGGCUUCUGUUACAGUAGCAGCAGAUGAGUGCUUGGAUCCGAAGGCCUUCUUGUCCGAGACCAGGUCGAAGAUGAUCUGGUCCUCCGACUUGGAGCGGGACAACAAGCUCCUGUUCCGCAUCAGCGUGCCUGCCGAUGCGUCGACGGUGGUGCAAUGUCCCACGUGCAGUGCACCAACGGUUGAUCAAAGCACACAACGCGUGCGCAGGGAGUUGCGAACGCUCAGCGCAGCAGAGUGGAAGAAGGUGACGGAUGCCAUGUGGGUCAUGAAGAACACGGCGCAGGCGGCCGGUGUCGAGACAUAUGGCCAGGCGUUCCGUACCUAUGACUACUUCCCGGCCAAGCACGCCGCGGCGUAUGCCGACGUGCGCGGCGACCAGGCGCACUUCGGACCUCAGUUCAUGACUUGGCACAGCGCCUUCGUCUUGGAAUUCGAGAAUGCGCUGCUGAGUGUGGACAGCACAAUCGGUGCGUUGCCAUACUGGGACUCAACAGUGACCUCUCCGUCCAUCUUCUCGGAGACCUACUUCGGAAGUGCUCCUGGCACAGGCUCCGACUCUCAGGUUGUCGACGGUGCCUUCCCGAACUGGCCAAUCAAGUCGAGCUUUUCCCUGUCAGAUUACAAUCCAACCGGCAGCUCUCCAUACACUGGCUCGCCCAUCGGAAUGCUGCGGGGGCCCACCAACAACAACGCGAAUGCGAUGAUGACGCGCUUCGGCUCGGGCACAUAUUCCUUUGGCGCCAACGAAUUCUGGAUAUGCGCGAACUUGGACGGGUUUUGGUAUGACUGGUACAAGUGCGUCGAGGGUGAUGCGACUGUCACCGGGAGCUUCCACGGAGGACCCCACGGGCAGGUGGGAGGCAGCUCGGGUGGCAACAGCGGCGACUUCGAGGACCCGGUCACAUCGCCGAAUGACCCGCUCUUCUUCUUCCAUCAUGCAGGGGUGGACCGCAGCAUGCGUUGGUGGAUGCUGACGAACGCAGCCAAGCGCAGCACCUUCUACGGCUUCCCUGCAGCUGACGCCGAAGGGAUUCGCGAAAAUGCCGGGAAGAGCUAUUAUGGGCAGAACCUCCUUGACGUGAUGUCAAGCACGUGGGGCUUCACUGCCGCUGACCUUGGCUUCGGUACCUCCUCCAGCUUUCAGACCAACGCGGACCUGCUUUGCCACAACGGUCCCUCCACGAGUGCGUACACCUAUGACUCGGAGGUGGCUUGCUCAGGCGGAAGCACAGCGUGCUCGGCGGUUUGGGGCGACGGCAGCGGCUUCGGGAGAUACCACGACGGCAGCGGCUUCGGGCGAUACCACGACGGCAGCGGCUUCGGGAGAUACCACGACGGCAGCGGCUUCGGGAGAUACCACGACGGCAGCGGCUUCGGGCGAUACCACGACGGCAGCGGCUUCGGGAGAUACCACGACGGCAGCGGCUUCGGGAGAUACCACGACGGCAGCGGCUUCGGGCGAUACCACGACGGCAGCGGCUUCGGGAGAUACCACGACGGCAGCGGCUUCGGGAGAUACCACGACGGCAGCGGCUUCGGGCGAUACCACGACGGCAGCGGCUUCGGGAGAUACCACGACGGCAGCGGCUUCGGGAGAUACCACGACGGCAGCGGCUUCGGGCGAUACCACGACGGCAGCGGCUUCGGGAGAUACCACGACGGCAGCGGCUUCGGGAGAUCCCACGACUGCAGCGGCUUCGGGAGAUACCACAACUGCAGAGGCUUCGGGCGAUACUACGACAGCAGAGGCUUCAGGCGAUACCGCGAUGGCAGAAACCAAAGUCCGAGCUGCCAACGCGGGCCACCGGCGGCACACAGCAGCCACGGUCUUGACAUUAAGCCUCCUUGCGGCCUCUGCCAAUUAAUUGCACUCGCUUAUGACAAGUCUGCGAAGGUCAAGAGACGCGAUUGCGUUUUACCCCUCCCCAGCUAG